GAUGACUACUAGUCACAAAGCUCACUGUUUGAUUUUGCCAUAUCCAGUCCAAGGUCAUAUCAACCCAAUGCUCCAAUUUUCCAAACGUUUACAAUCCAAACGUGUUAAAAUCACUAUAGCAACCACAAAAUACUUGUUGAAAAACAUGAAAGAAUUAACAACUUCAGUGUCAAUCGAGGCCAUAUCUGAUGGCUAUGAUGAUGGUGGUCGCGAUCAAGCAGGAUCUUUCGUGGCCUAUGUUACACGAUUCAAAGAAGUUGGCUCGGAUACUCUGUCUCAGCUUAUACAAAAAUUGGCAAAUAGUGGAUGUCCUGUAAAUUGCAUAGUAUAUGAUCCAUACCUUAAUUGGGCUGUUGAAGUGGCAACAAAAUUUGGAUUAGUUAGUGCUGCAUUUUUCACACAAAAUUGUGCAGUGGAUAACAUUUAUUAUCAUGUACAUAAAGGGGUAAUAAAAUUUCCACCUACUCAAAAUGAUAAAGAAAUCAUAAUUCCUGGAUUUUCAAGUCCAAUUGAGGCAUCAGAUGUACCUUCUUUUGUUUUUAGGCCUGAAGCAGAAAGAAUAAUUGAAAUGAUGGUAAAUCAAUUCUCAAAUCUUGACAAAGUUGAUUGGGUUCUAAUCAACAGCUUCUAUGAGUUGGAGAAAGAGGUAAUUGAUUGGAUGUCCAAGAUAUAUCCAAUAAAGACAAUUGGACCAACAAUACCAUCAAUGUACUUAGACAAGAGGCUACAUGAUGACAAAGAGUAUGGUCUUAGUAUCUUCAAGCCAAUGACAAAUGAAUGCCUGAAUUGGUUAAAUCAUCAGCCAAUUAGCUCAGUGGUGUAUGUAUCAUUUGGAAGUUUAGCCAUAGUAGAAGCUGAGCAAAUAGAANAUAGCAACAAGAGGUUCUUGUGGGUAGUUAGGUCCUCUGAAGAACCCAAACUUCCCAAGAACUUUUUAGAGGAAUUAACAAGACUAGUGGUGUCAUGGUGUCCACAAUUACAAGUGUUGGAACAUGAAUCAACAGGGUGUUUUCUGACACACUGUGGGUGGAAUUCGACUCUAGAAGCAAUUAGUUUGGGAGUGCCAAUGGUAACAAUGCCACAAUGGACAGAUCAAACAACAAAUGCAAAACUUGUGAAA